CUCAAGUCCAUUUGGAGAAGAUAAAGACCCCAGGAUUAAUAUCCGCCCUCCCUAGUAUGGAAGACCUUGGCCCCGCGCAGCAACGAAAAACAUUUGUUAUCAUCGGCGCAACAAGAUCUACAGGCGCUGGCGGUGGAGCCGCAGAUGUAGAUGGUGGGGCGACUGGAAGGUCCUCCCCUGCCCGUUCGUCUGCAGCUGGGUCUGGCAGUGGAAAAUUGAACAGUUUGGCGAGGGAUCCUGUUCGGCUCUUCCGGGAGCUGUACCCUGACGGAGAAACGUACAACGUGGUAAGGAUAGCAACUUGUGAUGCGAAUUUCAAUCAAGUCGUGGGAAUGGGACCGCCAGGAAGUAGGCGCGCACGCGAUCGGGAACUCGAACUAGAGGAGACCACACAUCGUCCUCGACACGCCGAAGCCGAACCAGAUGCAGAUCUUCAUCCCCUUCCUCCUGACAAAGGCGUCCAGAAACUGUGCUUGACGCGCGAAUCGGAUUUGGCAAGGGUUGCGAAUUUCUUCUCAGCGAGGUUUUCGAAAGAUAGGGACCACGUUGUGGUGCUGAUUCAAGGUAGUCAUAGUUUGACGACAGCUGUAUCUACUUCAAGUGGUUCCAGAGCGAAAAGUGAAAGUGGGUCAGUUGUACGGGCAACGAGCGCCGCUGAGCAAGCCGGAGCGCCAGCAGGCUCAUCCCAGUCGCAGUCCUCUGACGGUGGGCCCGCCGUCGAGGUGACAGCUGGGUCAUCUGCUGCAACAAUGGCUGCGGAGCCACUGCGUGACCCGAGUCCGCGCAUACCGGCCCGUGACGCGAGCUACUUUCUCCUCCGGCACUUGCUUCAAGCGGG